AUGUGGUCCUCAAAAGUCAUUCUGCUUAUCUUCUUUCUUAUGGUUCCAGACAGCCACAACAUCUUCGACAACACCUCCGCCUGCGACACCGACGACAUCGACGCCUCCACCCGUGACGCAGACGGUUACUUCGACAGCACCUUCUCCACCUGUGGUAACGACCUCGUCUUCUACGACAUCUCCACCUGCGAAACAAACAAGUCCUUCUACGUCGACUCCUUCGACAUCGACGAGCUCGUCAUCGUCUUCUUCGUCUCAAUCAUCUGUCUCUCAGUCAUCAGAUACCUCUCAGUCAUCCACCUCUCGGUCAUCUACAUCUCAGCCAUCAAGCAUAGCGCAAACUCCGUCAACAAGUACCUCAUCGACUCCUACAAGCAACACAGCCUCACCAGCUACCUCAACCCCAUCUCCAACCACACAAUCUUCGAAGAAGGGUCUUUCAAUAGGCGCAAAAGCAGGAAUUGGAAUAGGCGCAGCAGUUGGUGCUAUCGCCGUCUUCUUGCUAGGAUGGAUACUCGCAAGACGUGCAAAGUCGUCCCCGCUUCUGAUCGCGAAGAUCCAGUCUUUUCCUACAAAGAAGCAAUACCUGGCCAGACAAACCCAAAUGCUGCAGAGAUGGGUGUCGCCCCCGAUAGAGCAGCUUCACAUUCGCCAGUCUAUUCGGAGCUUGAUGGUCGGCUUAGCGCUAGGAUUGUGGAUCCGGUUGAGUUGCAAGGAUAUGAUCGGUACUGA